AAUCAUGACCCUUCUUCGCACGUGCGACAGAAUUUAGCUUACAUGUGGAUACAUUAGCAAAACAACUUGUUUAUUUCAACUUUUCAAGACUAUAAACAACGAGGAAGGACAUGUUAACGAGUCAGGACACAUUUCUAAUGUAAGUUAAUAAAACCGAGGUCUCAGUGAAACGUUUCCGCCAUGGCUCUGUACUUGAAAGCCGCUCAGAUCCUGGAGAAAGCCGAGAAGAAGCAGGGCGCUCUGAAAACUCUGGUCUACGACAGCAAGUUCUCGAACAUCAAGCAGCUGUUUGCGCUGGCAUGCGAGACGCAGAAGUAUUCCUGCGUCCUGCAGCAGAUCAUCGAGUCCACGAAGCUGCUGAAGCACACCAAGCUGAAGAUGCCCCUAGCCAAAGUGCUGGUCUACGACCUGCUGAUGGGUCAGGGACUGAAGUGCGGCGGGUCCUGGAAGUCCGCCAUGAUGAAGCACCGGCCCAGACUGCAGGCAGAGCUGGCUCGCAUGAAGGUGAGGCAGAAAGUCAGCAGGAAUGAAGAUCUUCUCCCAGCCAGCGCCCAGCAGUCUGAUCAGCACCAGUUACCCAGGUAUGUGCGCGUGAACACUCUGAUGACCACCGUGGAGGAUGUGAUGGACUGCAUGAAGAGGGAUGGCUUUACCUACCUGGGACAAGCUGUCAGACUGGAUAACCUAAACCUGAAGGGGAAGAACUUUGUGAGGGACCUGCACCUACCAGAGCUGUUGGCUUUUUCUCCUAAAACAGACUUUCAUGACCACUUCCUGUACAAGGCUGGUCACAUCAUUCUUCAGGACAAAGCCAGCUGCCUUCCAGCUCAUCUCCUCAACCCUCCUCCUGGUAGUCAUGUCCUUGAUGCCUGUGCCGCUCCUGGAAACAAAACCAGCCACCUGGCAGCCAUCAUGAAAAACAAAGGCAGGUUGUUUGCCUUCGAUCUGGAUGCCAAACGUCUGGCCACGAUGUCGACUCUGCUGCUCAGAGCAGGAGUCACCUGUCAUCAGCUGGCCAACCAGGACUUCUUAAAGGUGGACCCCGACUGUCCACAAUACAAAGAUGUCGAGUAUAUUUUGCUGGAUCCAUCUUGCAGUGGAUCAGGUAUGAUGUGCCUGCGGGACAACGCCCCUGCUGACGAGGAGAAGGAGGAGGCUCGCCUGGCCUCCCUGGCCUCCUUCCAGCUGCGGUGCCUGAACCACGGCCUCAGGUUUCCCCGCCUGAAGCGUCUGGUUUACUCCACCUGCUCCAUCCACAGACAGGAGAACGAGGAGGUCAUAGCUGCCUGUCUGAAGGAGAACCCUGGCUUCAGGUUGGUGCGCCUGCUGCCUCAGUGGCCUGAACGAGGACUGGAGCCUCUCUCCCAGUGUUUGCGUGCCAGCGUCACUACAACACUCACUCACGGCUUCUUUGUUGCUCUGCUGGAAAAACACAAAGAUGCUGAGAGAGUAAAAAACACACCUGGUGUUCAGAAAAGCAAUGUGGAGGUGACGCCUUCUGAUUCUUCUGUUGUUGAGGGAGAACCUGCAGCUCUGGUUGAAAACUCAGACCCUGAGGAAAAACUCACGUCUGCUGCAGCAGAGACUGAAACUUCACCCAACAAGAAGAAGAGGAAGAAGAGAAAGAAUAAACAGAAGACGACAGAAAAAGCAGACUGAAAUACUGAAUCGCUGCAGUGUUGCAUGGAGGAAACUUCCUGUUUUCUAAAAAGAAUGAGGUGAAUUUAAAUGCAAAGUAAAGUUUAGUUUUUACUACGUCA